AGACGAAAAUGAAAUGCAUUGAGAAGCCCUGAUAGGAGAUCCUUGAUUCUGGCUACAAAGAAACUUAAUGAAAUAACGCCAGUGAUGCAUCAGCACUUGAAACUGGGUAUUCUUGUAGCUAUAUCUGUAGUUGCUUUUGCAGAUGUUGGCAGCUAUGUUCCAAAAGUCACAACAUCGAUCCGGGGGAAUUUAACAUUCUCAACUUUUGUCUUAGAGCAACCACAGUGUAUCUUCAGUUCUAACUAUUCUACACAAGAUAUCUGGUUGGUUGUUGCUCUUGAUACUGUUGAGCCCCUUUUAACUGAUACAAAUCUGAGUAACCCAGUCAGUUAUUCUUCAUUUCCAACUAAUAAAUUCUACCACACCCUUCGUGUCCGUGGAGCUGAUUAUCCAUGUUUCAAUUCUUCUGAGAGGUUUUUAGCCUUGCUUCAAGUGGGAUCGGAUGUGAAAUGCAAUGAAUCAUUCUGCAACGGCCCUUUGACUUCUCCAGGACCUUACCGGGUCAGAUUUGUUGUGCUGAACAAUACUGGUAUUGUCGCCAAAACAAACAGAUCGGAUUUAAUAAGACUGCCAAUAGGAAUAAAUUACACAACAAUUGACACCCGGCCUCUGAGACGCAGUGGCAGUAUGAUUAUCAUUACCGCCAUACUUUCCAUUCUUCUGGCUAUUUUGCUGGCCUGCCUCCUGGCUGCUCUCUGUUCUGGAAGUAAGAAUCUUUGCUGGAGCGAACAGUUGAAAACCAACAGAUUUAUGGAAUCAGACAGGCCUGGUUAUUACAGAUCCAGUUCUAUUUAUCAGUUGCACAAUUCUUAUGCUCAGUGGGUCCAGCAGGAAGGAAAUGCAAGGGAUUCUGCCUUUCCGGACCAAAUCAGAAACAAACAGUAUUUGGAAGAAGAGAAUGAUUUAUAUGGUUCCACUGCGAUUUAUAAUGUGAUUCAUCCUUAUCUUCCAAGGGCAAAGCCUUUCUAACCUGGAGAGGAAUAUGUUUUUUCAGACAUUUUGGGGCAGAUUUACUAAGCUCGAGUGAAGAAUUUGAAUGGAAAAAAAUGCGGAUU